GAGUCUCUCUGCACAGUAGAGUUCGAAAUUUUCUGGCGAUAGAACAAAUAACGAACGCUUCAAGCUUUACAUCAUUCGGAUCGAUCGGCUAGAAGAUAUACUUCCAAAUGGAUAAAAAAUAACUCGCUCGUCGCCGGAGAAGCGCGCGCGCUUCGCUAUCGACCGGAGGGACCUCCUGGACCUCCUUCUCGUCUCGACGCGUCUCGCCCAGUCUCGGCUGGUCGCGACGCCCGCACGCACUUUCGGUGGAAACCAGGACGCGGCAACGCCUGCCGUGUGAAUCAUCUCCGAGGAUUGACCGUCGAACGCUCCUCUCGCACGCUGAUGACAGAUCGAAAUCAUCGACGCCGAAGAUGACAACGGGGGAGAGGUCGACGGAACGGUAGCCGAUCAGUGCACUCUCUUCCACCGGUAGGCAAAGAGUCUGCAUCCACCCGAUUAUUCCCUCUUUCAGCGAGAUUUCGGAUUCUACAUGGAAUGAAUGCGAAGGAUACCGCGAUAGAUAUUUAAGAGUGCAACGAAUCGAUAUCUUGUCGCUGAAAUUUGAAGUUGCACGAUGAGAGAGGAUUUUAGAAUUUGUUAUCUCGGUGUUGCCCCUGAAAGAAUGGUAAAUCACUCUGAUUUGUAAAUAAUAUAUUACGCUCAGAAAUACCGCGUGUUCUAUUCGCAAAGCUGCAGUGGAUGAGUAAAAACAGCUGUUUGAGAGUUUCAUUCCUCCAAGCUCACAUGCGUCAAUACGCAAGGUUGGACCGAAUGAGUAUAAUCAGUGGAUAUACAUCCCCUGAUGCCGUUGGACAUAAUAUACAACCAAGUAGAUGUAGAAAGAAAAUGAGUGAAGCGCUACAAGGAGAUAUGAAAAAAAGAGACAGAAGAGAAUUACUUACCAGGUCCCAUCCGUAGAUGAUCGCGUGAAUUCUUCAUGCGUUGCAAUUAGUUAAUUGCCAUCAGAAAAAUUACAGCGAUGGACCUGAUAUUUGCCUGUAAACGGCCACUUUAAUUACUGAAUUAAUAACAUAUCGACCGAAAAAUCGAUAUCUCUAGAAAAGAUAGACGGCCGAAGAGUAGAAACGCUAGAUACGAAGAGUAUGAAACGCUAGAUAUGAAGAAAUAUAAUUCGAUCUAAUAGCAUGUCGCGCAAUGAUCGAUUUGAUUAAUAAGAAUCAGAACUGAUCUCGGAGAAGAGCAGCCUAAUAGCGAGAUUUAUCAUUUGUAGCAUACGUGCGAGAAAUAGGAACGAAUCGUGAUUAAACCGAAACGCCCCUUGAAUAUUUGCAUGCGAUAUUACUCAUGCCAAUAGAAUGAUAACGGUAAUUCGCAAUUAACGUGCCAAAAGUCUUCCAGAUCUCAUACUACAACCAAACAGGCGAACGUCAAUUUUUCCUGGAUAGCAUUGCAAAAUACGUGCAUUAUCUCAUGAUCUCGUAAUCAUUAUCAGCAGUAAAUUUAUGGACCAUACGAACAUAUCACGACCUCGCAAAAGAAAUAUGUAUUUAAUGCGACCGGAAGUUUAAAGGAAAACGGGAAAGAUAGAACGAGAAACGCGCCAAUUUUUUUGCCAAUGUUAUCGAUUCAUAUUUAUAUAGACAAUCGCUAAACGAAAGAACUGAUACCCAAAUAAAUACGUUUGCGCAAUUUGCGUUCUGGCAUUCGCAUUAUAUUAUACAACGGACUAACUUCCAUAAAUAUUGCUCUAUGUUCGAUCCAUUUGUUCGAUGCGCUUCUUAAUUAUGAUGAAGCUCUGAAUAAUUGCAUCUGUGGAACGAUACACAAGGACGGUGCACAUAAGAAACCCAUGAAAAAAGACUUGAGUUCUUUGCGAAGAAUGAUAUAAAAAAAUAGAAGGACCAAGAGAUUCUGCUCAAUAUAAUUUUAUCUCGUAAGCUGCUGCUCUCUGUGAGAAAAUUUCGAUAGAAUAACGGCGAGCAAAGAAUAUAAAAAAUAAGAGAAUAUAAUUAAUAACGCAUUUUCUCCUUUUGUAUAUUAGAUGUAAACAAGAUAAUAUGCAUAUUUUAAGCGAUUUUCAAGAUCCGAUUUAAGCUAAUUCGCUAAACAAAUAUUCACUCCAUAUGUGAUAUCGAUGUCAGCAUGAUAUCGGUCCUUAUCUUAUCAUAGAAACGGAUGCGCAAGACAUAAUGUAUAUAUUGAUAGUGCAGUUUUACCUUGAACAUAAUGUAUGUAUUGAUACAGUUUUAUCUUGCACCUACGAAAGUGUUUGAUGUAUGCAACUGCUGUGUUAUGCGUGAACACCAAUCUCUUGAAGAGACACUGUUCCGCAGUGGCAAAAAGGCUAUCGACGAUGAAUGUGGAUCAACCACAGCAUUAAUCAAGAAUAGGCUGCAAAAAGGAGGCCUACGGCUACGAAGAUGGCUAAUCGCGUUAUUGGUUUUCCUGUUGAUGUCGCUUCUCAUUAUCAAUAGCUAUUACACCGGUCCAUUUCGGAUCAUCCGAUUUGGAGCAAUGACUAAAUCAAAUACUCCAGAUGUAUUAACGCAGGAAUAUGUAUCGUUAUCACCGACCGUUUAUACGCCAAUAGGCAGUGGUGGCUUUUUAGUUCGCAACAAAGGAUGCCGACUACCCGCGAUGGAUCCUUUCGAUCCUGAAACUCGACAUUUUAUAACUAAGGAGUCGUUCGAAUGCGAAUACGGAAAAUAUCUGCCGCUAAUUGAAUCGAAUAACACUGCGUUGUUUAUUAACCCUCUGGUAUCGAAUGAAUUCUACAACAUCAGUUGUUGUUGGCGAUCCUUCUGGCGAACGAAAAAUAAUGAUAAUGCUGUUACAUAUGACAAGCAGUGUUAUCCAUUCCAAAAUUCCACCGCUGUAAACGCUGAAUUCGUGAAAGUUGAAUGUUCUCGUAACAACAAAGUGAUAUAUAAGGAUUACUAUGUUUUUCUACCGCGCAAGCCUUUGGUAGAGGAAAGAUGCAAGCAAGCGUUAAGUAAGGACAAGUUCCUCGAGGAUCGUCUCAGUAUUCUCGUCCUCGGGAUCGAUUCAGUUUCCAGAAUGAAUUUUCACAGAAUGAUGCCGAAAACCGUAAAGCUGCUUCACUCCCUCGGUGCCGUAGAGAUGCUGGGUUACACCAAAGUCGCCGACAAUACGUAUCCGAAUCUCGUCCCGCUACUGAGCGGUUUGAAUCAGGACGAAUUGCGAAAACUAUGUUGGCAGACCGCUAAGAAAACCUUCGAUGAAUGUCCGUUAUUGUGGAAGAAUUUCAGCGCUGCCGGUUAUCGCACGAUAUUCGGCGAGGAUGCCUAUACCAUGACUACAUUUAAUUAUUUGAAACCAGGAUUUCGGGAGGAACCGACGGAUUAUUAUCUUAGGCCAUAUUUCCUCGGCGCUGAGAGAGACAUCGGCAAUACCCGCAAGCUGAACGCCAAUCUUUGUAUCGGUACCAGAAAGACGUUCGAUUGCAUACUGGAUUACAGUCGAAAAGUGGUGACAGAAUUCUCCUCGGAGCUUUAUUUCGCCUUUAUUUGGCAGGCCAGUCUCACUCACGACUAUUUUGCGUAUCCGCAGUUAGGUGAUGACUCGUAUCACGAUUUCAUCGAGUACGUAUCGCAAAAAGAUCUGUUGAAUCACACUGUUUUGAUCGUAAUGAGCGAUCACGGGUUAAGAUGGGGUGAGUUUCGACAAACGUAUCAAGGUAAAAUCGAGGAUAGUUUACCAUUCGUCUUCAUCGUGCUGCCGAGAUGGUGGCGAGAGAAAUUUCCGCUAGCUUGGGGAAACUUGCGCCGAAACAGCCACAGCUUGACGACCCCCUUCGAUCUUCACGAGACCCUGAAGGAUCUGCUGAGCCCGCACGUGCUGCGCGAAUCAUUUCUCAAGAGACGUAUCAGAACUCAGGCCUCGUCGCCUAUUCCACGCGGCAUUAGCUGGUUCCUGCCGGUGCCGGACAUUCGUACCUGCGACAUGGCGCACAUAGCGAAUCACUGGUGUAUGUGUCAUACCAGUAAUUCCGUCGCCUGGAACGAUACCGGUCUUCAGGACAGCGUAUCGUUCCUCAUCAGGGAACUAAACGACAUGCUGAGCAACUAUCCGCUGUGCGCGACGUUGAAUUUGAAACUGAUUAAAGACGCGAAAGUAUGGCUGGACAACACUGAUGACGCGAAGCUAAUGGAUUACACGGUGACUAUACAAACCACGCCGGGUGACGCGAUUUUCGAGGGUACGGUGCGCUACAAGGUGGAUGACAAUAGCCGCAAAUUGGUCGGCUCGGUCAGCAGACUGAACGCUUACGGCACUCAGAGUGCUUGCGUUGACGAGUUUAAUAUGCGUCUAUAUUGUUACUGUCUGUAGGCGCAAUCGUUAAACCAAUCAUCACCCUUUUUGUGAUAAUUUAAAUCAGAGCUGGAAGACUCGAUUAAACAUGGUUUGGAGAAACCAUUAUAGCUGGAGAGAGUUUCGCAAAACACAUCCCGUGGUUCUAUUUGAUUUUUAUGGAUGAAAAUGGACAAUAUUGUUGUAUAUCAUGAUAUCGUUCAAAGUUCAUAUUCUUGAAAACACGUAUUCGUAAGCCUCUAUCGUAUUGCGAACACAUUCCAGCGCAGUUUGAUAUUUAUUUAUAUAUAUGUAUAUAUAUAUAUUCUUCAGCAUAAUUGAUUAAUUAAUUUAAUCAUAUAGUGCAAUAAUAGAGAUGUCUAUAAACAUUAAUAUAAAACUAUCUAAUGGGGCGUUUACGGGCGAUCAUUUCGCUCCAUCUUUUUAUUUAUAGGUACUCAUUUGUUUACUUGCUUGCUCGUGACGUUGCAAAAUCAAACAAUUCUUCGCUCGAUGAGAAAAUACAUUUCUCCGUUAUUUGAUUCAUAUCAAAUUGAUUUAUAAUUGUUAUGCUGACUAUCUCUCAUACGUUACAUCAAUUUCUUAAACUUUCAACUGUCUGUAAACCAAUAUGUAACGACCUAUUACGGCGAUUUACAAUUUUCAGCGACCAAAGAAUUCGCCGUUUCUAUAUACAAAUA